AUGCUUAUGUCGACUCGGGUUGCCGCUGCUGGAAAAUCAGGGAGCGAACCCAGCCCCGUCAAGAAGACAGCGAACACGUUUUACCUGCUUCUGCUUGCGCAUCGGCGGUUCCAGCACAGCUCGAAAUACCUCUCUGAAGUCGAGCAGGACGAAACGGGGAAGAUCGUCUUCUUGAUCGAACUGGUCCAGCUGUUCGAUAAAGCCACAGACCAAUGCAACGCGGACCGAGCAGCCAUUCAUGCCACGGUGACGGAGAAGGAGGCGGCGGCGUUAUUCAUCUGA